UUCUCUCUCUCCCCCCCCGCUGCUGGCUGCCUGCCUUCCUGCACUUCAAGUCAGCCGAGAGGCUUUGCCAAACCGUAAAAGGAGAAAGCUGCUUCUGCUUUGAUGGUUUAAGGUGGAAGAAACAAGUCUGUUCUUGAAGGAAUACCCUGGUCUCAACAAUUCACAGCAGCAAAUAUGCUCCAGCAACUUCAGGAGAUGGGCUCGCACGCCUUGGAUAUCUACGACUACCUUUUGUCUAAAAUCGACCCACGGAUAAAGGAGUACCCGCUGAUGCAGAGUCCUGUUCCCAUGACGGCAAUCCUGCUGGUCUACCUGUUUUUCAUCCUGUACCUGGGACCUCGCAUCAUGGCCAACCGGAAAGCCUUCCAGCUGAAGGAGCCCAUGAUAGUCUACAACUUCUUGCUGGUGGCUUUGUCAGUUUACAUUGUGUAUGAGUUUCUGAUGUCCGGUUGGGCUACAACAUAUACCUGGAGGUGUGACCCAAUUGAUACCUCAGACAGUCCACAAGCGCUACGGAUGGUGAGUGUGGCAUGGAUCUUCUGGUUUUCAAAGAUAAUUGAGCUGAUGGACACGAUAUUCUUUGUGUUGAGGAAAAAACAUGGCCAGAUUACUUUCCUGCACAUCUUUCACCACUCCAUCAUGCCAUGGACCUGGUGGUGGGGAGUUGGCUUCGCUCCCGGUGGAAUGGGAUCUUUCCACGCCAUGGUGAACUCCUCAGUCCACGUCAUCAUGUAUUUCUACUACGGCCUCGCUGCUGCUGGGCCACGUUUCCAGAAGUUUUUGUGGUGGAAGAAAUACAUGACUGCCAUUCAGCUGACCCAGUUUGUCCUGGUCUCUCUCCACGCCACCCAGUAUUACUUCAUGGACAGCUGCGACUACCAGUUCCCCACCAUCAUCCACCUCAUCUGGAUGUACGGCACCUUCUUCUUCAUCCUCUUCUCCAACUUCUGGGUCCAGGCCUACGUGAAGGGCAAGCGGCUGCCGAAGCAGGAGGUCCUGCAGCAGAAGAACGGCACCGUGGCGCACGCCAACGGCAAACGCCACGAGAACGGAAAAGUCCACGAAAAAAACGGCAAGAUCUGCGAGAACGGCAGCAGCAACAGCAACGGCAUCCACCACCCAGCCGCCAACGGCUCCACCCACUACGAGAACGGCCACGUCUACAACGGCAAGAUGAAAAAAGCUUAGAGACUUUGGAGGGAAGUAUGACCUAGUCAGCUUGUUAAAAUUACUAUGGAUUCCAAAGAUAAUUUGACUGUUUUACAGUUUUUUUUUGUUUUUUAGUUUCUUGUGUAAAACAUGGGAGAACAACGUUGUCAAUGACUUCCACAGCUGGGGUUCCACACUUGGUUAUGUUGGUUUUCUGUAUUGUGGAACCAUCUUUUGGAACACGAUGUAUGAAGAGAAGACGUUUUAAAUGUUGUCUUCACUGAUGUUGAAAGGAAACCCGUAUUUCGGUAUCACACUGGUGGCCUUUCAGCCCUUUUUGCUCACCUAUCUGACCCCCCCCCCCCUCUGUGGACAGAAGACUGUACAGUUUCUAUUGAACUUGAAAAAAACAAAACCAUUUGUAAAUAGUUUUACAGAAAGUAGAGAAAAAAAAAACUAAUUAUAUUGGUGUGCCUUCUAAAUUUUGUUACCUUGUGUAUUUAAAAUUUAAUUGCCAAUAAAUUCAGUCUUAAAUUAUCUUUAACAUGUUGGCAUUUUUCUUAGUGCUUGGCAUAGCAAUGACUUGCUGAGUUUUCGCUUUGCUGGCGUUUUUAUGUCGUUCCUCGUUGCAACAAUGAAGGGAGUAUUUGCUCAGUUUGCAAAUGCCUCGUGUCCUGACAAUCUCAAGUAUGUGGCUUAAGUAGGAGGUAAACAAGUGGACCCAUUAUGCUUUUGCCUUUUCCCCACAGUUCGUGGCACGAGAGGAGGCAUGCUGCGGAUUUACCUCUGCGAGACUCAGCCCUGCGGCGUUAAUUGCUGCAGGGUCAUCAAUGGAUUUGUAUUUUCAUUUAGAAAACUUAAGAUUACGCAAUCUCAAAUGACCAACACAUGGCAUGGUGGUAUUCAACAAAAGCUAGCCAACAAACAGAAACUCAGAUGUUCUCUUAAAGGUUCUGGGCGUUAAAUGCUCUCAUCCUGGAGCUUUUGGCAGUCUCCCAAGCUUCAGAUGUCUUCACAUUUACUGAUAUAAACCUGUUCAGUGACAAGUAGGUCUUGGUCUUUCAGAUAAAAGCUUUGCUUACAUUUAUUUAUUUUUUUUUAAAUAUUGAGCCUACUAUUUGCAGGAAGGUGAAUUUGGUCUUUACUGCCAUUAUACUUGCACGCUU